AUGUCGGAGAAGAUGCAGCCUAGGUAGGCAGUAAAUGCGGUUGUCUGGCAUCGAGCCCGAAAUUUCCAAUGAGACCCUGCUGCACGCGUAAUCUCCAUCGACAGUGCAUGCACGUUGAGUGGAUUUGAACGUAGAAUUGGCCGUCCAGACGCGUCUGGCUUUAACAGUGGCUAUUCGCUGGCCUUAAAAUAUGUCUGCUUCAAUCUUCGCCUAUCUUUACCCUGUCAGUCUGUUUUGCGUGGAGUCUUCCCAAGUCUUCGGGUCGAUUAGUAGCCGCUUCAAGGAGUUCUUCAGAGUGCCCUUGUAGUGGCGAUAUUUGCUUCAUUGUCAGCAAGCACCGGUAAUGACAUCUCCGUGGGAGAGAUGAUUUAAUAGACAAUCAUCGCUUGUCUUCACGAGGUGGCCAUUCAGUCGUUAUAUCAAAUGCCCCAGUAUGUCGUGGGUGCCAAGUAUCCUAAUCCGUUCCAAAUUUUUCCGUGCUGGGAUCCUGUCCUGUCACUUCAGACUUAGUACUCCUCACAGACAACUGAGAUGGAAGAAAUUCAACUUCCGCGCUUGUCUCUUAUAGACUGUCCAGUUCUCCACUCCAUACAGUAGUGUCAUCAAGGUGACAGCUAUGUACAUCUUUAGCUAAGUGUCCAGGUAGUGCAUCGGUGAUUCCAUACGGAGUUGUGCAGCCCACAAAAGGCCUGGCUGGCUUUGGAGAUCCGAUGAGCCAUUUCAUCAUCGAUUUUGAUGCAGCGUAAAAGUGUGCUGCUUAUGUCGGCGAAGUUUUUAACUGUCCUCAUUCAGGCGGUGUUAAUGUGGAUGCGAGGAACACUGUGUGAAUCCUUCGAUGAUGGUUGGCACGUUAUCAGCGUUCUGGCUGUGUUGCUGGUCAGCACGAAUUCGGCACAACCGGCGGCGAAGUGAUCCAUCGUUCGUCGCAAGCCAACUUCUGACAUAAUAUUGAGUGAGCAGUCUUCCGCAAAUUGCGUAUCACGGAGAGACGCCAUGAGGCCUGCGUGUUCCUACGGUCGAGAAGAUGCCCGGCAGUCCUGUAGGCGAUGCGGAUCUCGGGACGCCCAUCACGAUGGACAUCUAUCAGCAUGGCGGAAAAUAUGAGACUGAAGAGGAUUGGAUUGGUUACUGUAGCUGCUUCAGUAAAGGUUCCAUUGUGCAUGAUGUACCAUAUGCAUAAAUCUCUGAUGACAGCCAAAUUUCUGCAUGCUUUUACACAAUACUUCACGAUUCACCGUGUCUAACGUUUUCGUCAAAUCCACGUAAUUAGUGUAUAGAUGGGUCCGCAUAUCCUUGCAUUUCUCUCGCAGCUGGCAGACAGUGAAGACCAUGUCAACAGUUCCACAAUGACGACGAUAGCCACACUGGCUUUCCGGGAGUAGUCCUCGUUCGAAAUGCCCAUUGAGACGAUCGUGGAGGAUGCGAGUGAAUAUUCUUUCGGCAAUAUCGAGCAGUAAGAUUCCGCUGCAGUCAUCACAGAGCUGCCGGCUCCCAUUCUGCUUGUGCAGAUAUAUGUACGGUGGUCCCCUCGUUGGAAUCCUGAGGAACUUGUCCUCAGAGCCACAUCUCCUAGAAUAGCGUUGAGAUAUAACAUGAACUUGUGGCCGCUGUGAUUGCUGACUUCGGACGCAAUCGCGUCAGGCCCCGGAACUGUGUCGCUGGGCAGUCGGCGCACGCAUGGAUUGUUUUUGGAAGAGAAAGCGUAGAGCAGGAACAUCAUUCAUGUCCACUUGGAGUAGUUGGUCGAUAGCGGCGUUGGAGAUUGCAGAGGGAUGGUUGAGGACACUUCUGGAUUGCUCGGUCCAGUUCUUUGGAGUCUGCGAUUGCUCCGUCAUAGACACGGUUCAAUUGGAGUAGAGAAAUGGUGCGGUUCCUUUAGUUGGAGUCCUCAAGUCGUCUUCAGUGAGGCAAAGACGUUCUUGGUUUAAUUGCGAUCGACGUGCACCUGGAUUUUUUUGGAUUUUGUGUCUCAUCCAGGCGUCCUGCAUCUCCGUCAGUCGUUGUUGUACCGGAGUCAUGCGAGGCCCCACAAUUUGGACGGGUGAAUUCUGUUAUCCAAGAAGUCUUAGGGGCAUCGUAACGAGGCUUCCUGAGGAACACAUAUAAGACAUCGAAAGAAUCGGUUUGCGUCUGCUCACAGAAGCUUGUCGUGUGGGUGUCAGCCCACAAGCGACUUCACCGAAUCUUCACAGUGCCGCUGUCGUUCUUGGCAGACAAUCCCUCCAGAUGCUGGGAUGAAUAACUGUAGAAAUGGAGGCAAUGAGCAGGCAGAUUCAACAAAAGAGUAUUUGGUAACCUGGUGGUCGCUUAUCUUGUGGCCUCUUCGAGGGGGUGAGGUAACGGUCAGAGCCUCAUCUUGGAGAUAACGAAAGGCUUGUCGGUCCAGCAAUUGACUUUGAGGGUCGCUUUAGUCACCAGCACGUCUUGUCGAUCUCGUCUCCACAGGAGGUGCGUCCAGACCGCCUGCUUUCGCGCCGGUAGGCGGAAAAAGUGUUGACUAGUAGGGAGCGGUGUUUUACGCAGGUUCGUAGAAUUAUUCCUGUGUCGUCGCAGCCGGCGAUUGCGUGGAACUCAGCAUUCCCUUCCAGCAGCACGGUCUGUCCUGACGCGGACAAUGAAGUCGUCAGGGGCAACCACUUUGUCCACCCACAGCACAGACGCCAGAAUGACGUGUAGGCCUUCGUGGAACUUAAGCUUUGCCUCGCCAGACCUGGUUUCUAGGAGGGCGUAGAUGCUGACGUGGGUGGUGAAUUUGCCCCCCUCUGGAGUACAGGUGGAGAAUCAUCCGGCGUUUGUCGACACCCUGUGAAAGUCAGGGAAGUCGUUCCAUGAUGUUGUUCCGGAAGGCAAAGUCAACACCAGUAGCGCGUCGCCCUUCCUUUGGGUAGCCGUCCCAGGAGAAUGUGCUAACAGUACCUACCUCCUCCAGUUGGCCUUGUUUGGAAAACGGGUCUCGCUGAGAGCAGCGACUUCCACUAGUCGCGCACCAGUUCACGAGUGACUAGCGCCGUCCUCCAUAUCAGCCUACGGCUCCUCAGAUUUUCUAAAAAGUACGGACUUUCCAGGUUGCCAGUCUGAGCGCACCCACUGUAGCAGCCAUAGGAUAUGUAAAAAGAUGGAACUGGGGAAUGGAUUCUGUUGUUAUUUCUUUGAAUGUUUCAAACACAAGUUUUGCAUUUGCGAGCCAAAGCUAACGUGCAGAGGACGUGAUACCAGCAUCUGUCUGAAGUACCUUCUUUUGUAUCUUCCUCCGAGCGGGGGCAAACAGUGCCGUCCCUAAACAAGAAACGCCACAGAGGACUGCCGCACUCCAGUAUGGGUCACCGCUUUGUUUAAUAAUAAUAGUGUUUAAUGCCAGUUUACAGGCGCCGUCAGGGAAAUAUUAAGUCCGGAUCGGACUAACAGUGAAAAAACUCCCCAUAAAUGAAUACUGAAGACGGUGUUCUUAUAGUUUGAUGGUUCAGGAGAAAAAAUCUGCUGCGUAUAAAAUGACGUCAGUCCAGAAAGGGAUGAAUAACACUGUUUCGGAUCUUUUCAGUCUCAAUUUAUUCACACGAACUUGGUACUUAUCCAAACAGAGACGUUGAAAAACCGCUGUUCGCUGGCGGCUGAAAAUGCUGACCGUGGUGAGAACGGGCAGGGGAUCAAACACCGCGAACUCCAUCACUACGGUAGAUUAAAUCGGUGGAAUGGGCACCUUCACAUGGGGUUUUUCAGAAUGCCAAAAACGAGUAAUGGUUCUCUUAAACGAAGAAUAAUUUUGCAGAAUUUUUGCACUCUUGGAAGGUUGGCUCCAAAUUGCAAUUGUGUUCACAGGAAAGAAACGACGAUACUUAAUGUAGCAUGUCACAAGAAGAUGAAGAACUUAAAAGAUCUUACGGUGACUAUUAAGUCAGAGGUGAUGGAGAGGUUUUAAAGUGGUUAGUGGGUUAACAGUGCGAUUGUUUAAGAACUUAAACAGCAAAAAUGGUCCCUUUGUAACCAAAGAGACCACGAGAGAUCAAGGCCUGUAAGCUCGCACCGUUCCUGGUAAGCCCCGUGUUGGCGGUUCAAGAUCAAAUCUUUCCUGGCAAAAAAUACUGGUUGGACUCUAUUUUCUUGCGCAGGGCAGCACGCAUGGCACAUGAGGCUAAAUAAAAACGCACAAUAUUCCAGGCAAGGUCUGACGUCCAUCUUGUAAAGACGCACUCUAAUAACCCUAGUUUCGAAAUUUCGGAGGAUAAACCUGGCCAUUCUGCGUGCUUUGGAGACUAUCAGGGCGCCGUGCUCCGAAAGAUUAAGGCCAUCGCCGACCACCAUGGACGAUUAGCUCGAGUUAGCCAUGGCCGCCUACGAGAUUUCAUGUCGUCCUCCCUAUAGGACUGCUUUGAAGUAGGGGAGAGGAUAGAGGGGAUUGGAAGGAGAGCAGAGUUCCCAUGUGUGCGGAUAAACAUAAUAUUGGACAGUCUCACAGUUGUAUCCUGCCGGCAGAGGUGAUUACUGAAAUGUGGCCGUAAGAGAGAUCCUUGCCUCGAGGAGCAAAAUGGGAGAGUUGGGUUCUAACUGCUGAGCUCCAGGUGCAGUCAACGCCUGCGCGAAACAGGCAGAGCGACCCACUACGAUCUUUACGUGGAUACCAUACCGAGCUCCUUGACGGUCCCAUUCGCAUAUAUAAAAGGUUAACAAGCCUAUUUCCGAUCUGUAAUGAUCUAAGAGAGGAACUAUGAGUCCAAGUAAUACGACAUUCUUAGACAUCGUCAAAAAACGUUGAUGGAAAAUUGCCAACCCAACCAGCCCAAAUCAACGAACUCAUCACGGGCUUCCCGGCAAUAAAGAUUGGAAAACAGUACGUCAUCGCAUUUCUCGGUGAUCGUGGAUAUGCAAAAACUAGACUAUCUAUUUGUUGAUACGUCACUCACCGAGUCCAGACCAUAGUCUGAUAUGGUGCUUGUUUUCAAGGGUAUUCUUUCUUCCAGUCUUUUGUCAAUUUAUCGCCUCCCCUGUUUAUUUAACCCCUUUUUGACAUUGCAACUUGUCUUUCCACUGUUUUUCUGUUUUGUCUGACAUCUGGCUUGCAUCCAUAUUUUGCACAACCGCAUGUUCUGCUUGUUACGUUGCUAGCUCCCAUCGACCUCUUCACGCAUUUUGCCGGUGUAGACCAUUACAUGCUUAUUUUCCCCCUCCAUAUUUCCACGACAUGUCUCACUGACUAUGAUGCGUUCCGUCCACAGCUAAUUUUUGCAAGCCAAUAUGCAAGUAACGAAUACUGUGAGUUGUUGCCGGGAUACGGAGUAAAAUUUUGCCCUGAACCCGGAUGGUCUAAGUAGCACGUGCGUUAGCUCAAUUAUUCACAGUCCGGCAACGUGGGUCUGUAACGAGCCCAGAUAUCAGUACGAGAGUUUCCUACAGGUCUCUUUCGCUUUCAAGCGUUUCCCGAUUGUUGCGUCAGAUUUGUCGAGUUUUCCAUCGAAACGCAACAGCGUGUAUUUAAUUUCCUUUAUGAUUUUGUAGUGUGUCCACUUUUGAAGGGCAAUCAGCGUUAUUAAUAUGUUUAAUCUGAUUUUUAUCUCCAUACAAAAUACUCAUAAAGCUCAGUGCCGGGUCAAGGAAGAUGCGGAAGCUGCCUCAGCAUAUACGAAUUUAGAUUAUAAUUCUUUGAUGACAACUGUUCUGAAGGCUUUUUAGUGGCCGCGCCAGCGACAGCCAUCUUUUAAUUAGACAGUUAAUAACGUAGGUAUAUUUGAAAUUAUCCAAUAAGACUAAGUGUACCAUGAGUUGCCCGGGUUUCCGUCAUGGCAUAUGGGAACGGCGAUACAAAAUUUGUUUCUGUUGGUAGUACUAGCACAAAUAAAGCUACAUUUGGUGGUGCGAAAAGAGAAGAUUGUCUGCUUAGGCCGCUAGAACAAUUCAGAAUAAGACUAUGACGCUUGGAUUGCACCGACCUCUUUUCUCGGGAGAAAAACUGGUACCCAUUCUGUGUGCACUGGUUGAGACCAUCGUUCAGCGCCUCCUUUAACGAAAUAUAAUUUCUGCAGAACGUGAGGGUAUUAAUGUUUCAUGCAUAAUCGGCGUAUAUUUGGUUAUCAUCGAACGUAAUACUGUAGUCCGAUUUAGCCUUCAAAUAUAUAUCUGAUAACAUCGAGGAAAUCUACUUCAUUCGUGCAUUUAUUGCAGUUGCUAGACCCAUUUACUCGUGUGUUUGUGUGCGCACAUCCCGCCAAUCCUUUCACUCCUCAUUUAACAUUAAGAGACAAAAUCGGUGAAAGCGCAAAUAUGAUUGUACGUGAACAUUCAACGCAAUCGAUGUCGUAGGUCAGCCAUGCACCCACCACAAUAGGAUACGGGCAAUGUCUGCUUUCAUAAAUCAGGCUGGUCGACGUUUCCUUUGACCGCUAUCUCUCAUAACCAGACCGACUAGCAGGUUGCUCUGCCGCUUUGCGUAAACAGCUAUGCGACUGAACCUGAAUUAACCCAUGCAAUUGGCAUUAACACCAGUUGGGCUAAGGCUUGACUUGCGCGCACAUUUACGCUCGGAUAUUGUGUCUGUAAACUCUGGCAACGUGAUCGUGCGUUCGUGAAAGUGACGAGGCACGCUGGAGAUGUGUUCUUGCUCAUAGCCUGUGCUCACCGCCUUAGGAUUGGCCAUCGCUCAGCAUGACGCGCAGCUUGUUCAUUUCGGCUAGACACAUUGACUCGCGUGUGAUUGUGCAGUGGCCGGUAGGAUGGAGCGUCGAAAUUCUAACCAACGAGUCAUAGGUUGGAAGGUGUGGGGUUGGAUAUAACCGGCUGGUGACGUCUGAUAAGCCAGCCUCCCUCAUCUUUGUCAGUAAUGUCAUUCUGCCUGUAAUAGGAGUUUAUCUUAGCUCAAGAUCCUUUUCGUCUUCCGCGACCUAGCAAAUAACUUGGACGCUAAAAGCUGAGCUGAUUAUCCCCGUUUUGGGAGAAUUCAUCCUCAAACCCACGUUCGACCCCUUUGUUCUUAUCUCGGGCAGCAUGUAGCACCCCUUUAAAGGAACUCACUGGCAGCGUAUCGUCAUCAACGUAGUCAAGAUUUACAAUUAAUGACAUAACAUAAUUGAAUAAGCAGAGUUUGUGAAAUAAAGCAGCCCUCGCUAGUACUGGCAUUGGCAUCAAAGACGUCACUUUUAUCGCUAUUUACAAAACUUUAGUUUUAGUUUUAUGCUAUUAUGCUUGAGUCGACUGAAAAAAAUUCGAUGGCAUUCCGUCGAGCAGUACGUUCGCUCACGCAAUCCUUCUGGCUGGAUUGAAAUAUAGGGACAAAGUCCACGAAAUGGACGAGGGUGGCCUGUUAGUAGCGGUGGCGGUCCGGCGAAGCGACAAGUGUCGAUCAGUACAUCCCCCCCCCAAGCGAAAGCCGCAUGGCUUCUUGCGACUGUUCGUCGUUGAUGAGGCUUACUAUUAAAGCCGUAUGGACAGUGGGAAGGAGGCUUACAUCACUCCUGUCCCCACACACCGAUUUCUCAUUUUCUACAGAUCGGCCUUACGGAGGUGACGCUGCAGUCUGUGGGUACUAUCCAAGCCGGGAGUCACCAUUUGUAGAUUUAUACUGGAAGACGGUCCCCGCUAACCGUUUAAUUGUUAUUUAACUUCGUUAUCGCCCCGCAUACCGCUCACUUUCAUUCCGCACACACAUUUGUCAAGGUAUAGCCGAGGUGAAAAAUCAUUGCUGUAUAAACUGUUCCACUCAGUCGCGUCUAGUAUUUUUGAAAUGAUCAUAUUACUCAUGUUAAAAUUCACCCGUAACAAUCAUUGCAAAUGCUUGUUUAUGCACACCUACUGCUAGUGGAUGCCGAUUAGGUCCGUGGGGUGACGUCCGCUGAUUAGAGUUAAAAAUUAGGUUUGAUGUAGGAGGCCGGACCUAUUGGAUCUUCGGCUACUGAUGCUGUCGGCCAAUCGGUUACACCGCACUUAUGCAUCACCACGCCGUGUGUGCGCUUUUUACGCCUGACCGCAGAUCUCAGUCGUGAGUGCGACUGUAUUAAAGAUGAAUAAGUCGAUAAUAGCUGCCUUUUCGAUUUUCCCCGCCUUUAUUUGCUAAGACCUGCUCCUGCCUGGCAGGCGGUGGUCUGCUUGCGGCUCCAUCGCUUGCUGACGACUGCUGCCUACGUCUGCACUGGCUUGUUACUGCGCCCGUGUUCGUGUCCCAUUUCUCCAGCUACUAUGGCGCCCCUGCUCAGAUGGGAUCCGAACCGAUCAUUUCUUGUUUCUCUGUAAACCUGGUCCAUCGUGCGCGGACCAAGCGUGUGUGGCACGCGUACGCGGACCGUUUGGUUCUGUCGACCAUUGCGCCCGAUCCUGCCUCCAGUUUUCCUGACUGUCUUGAUACCGGACUUGGGUGGGUAAAGGGGAGGUAGUGGCUGUGCAAGUCACCGUCCCCUCGCUCUUCAUGCACACGGUGGUUGUCGUCGCUUGCGACGGUCCAACCGUCGUUGGUCAGUUUCGUUGAGAUGGCAAAUAGAUAGUUGUUAGGAAUGGACUCUAGAUACCUCAGGUAUACUUGGAGAUGGACUAGGCUCCUGUGCACAAUGUAACGGUGAAUUUUCCGCUUCCUGAGGAUUUCUUCUUUCGAUCAUAUUCGUGGGGAUGUUAUUCUUUCAAAAUAUACACUGACUGGCCCGUAAUGCGACGAAGAGGUACUGGUCGUAUUAGAUAUUGUAGUCAUAGUAAGAGCAUUUGCUUCAAUCUAAGCACUCAAGUUUUCCUUUCAAACUGUCAAAAGUAGCCAAAAGCACACAUUUGUUGGAUUGUGGUUAAAGUUAUUAAUUAGGAAGUUGUGCAGUUACGCUACUGAGUAGAACAAUGAAAGCUAAAUUGUAGUCGUUGAGGUAGGGAUUAAAAGGCCAAAACAGGACGCUGAACUGGUCUACCGAGUCGAUUAUUUGUUUUUCAGCGUGUUGGAUUUCAUGAGAGGGUUCUGAGGGGGUAUCAAAUGAUGUAUUUUACCAUUGAAAAAAUUCAAAAAGGCAAGUCCCACAUCGAAUCCUAAGUACUUGGGAUGUUCGGUUCACUAGAAACUUCGGUAAGGCCUUCAAGAUCAGGAAGCCAGUUAGACAUACAAGGCCUGACCGCAUGUCGGCAUGUUUGGACAGUUGUGUUAUAUUCUUAUUACUGAAAGUCCUAACUGCCCCCUGUGCUAAGGUUUAACUGUCACCGAUUUUAGCUCUCAGUUCACUUGUAUGGCUAGCCAUACGCACGCUGUAAAACGCAUGCGCAACUGUGAAUGUUUCUCCUUAUCAGUAAUGAAUACUCGUACAAUUGCCCUCCAUUCUUCAUAGUCUCAUUUUACUCUGUACUUGUUCCGUUUCAGCCUCACAUGAUUCUUAACAAGAAAAAGAUGCUGGCUGAAGCCAAUGAAAGUAGGGACAAAACCACAAUCCCAGGACCUACAAUGGUACGUUUUGACCCAAACUGACCUCACUGCGUCCUUUUCUCGCCCAGCGUGCAAGGCACUCUUAGUUCCAAUCUUACUUAAUUUUAUCCUUCAGGAGCUUUCGAAGGCAAAGAAGCGAAACCUAAAGAGGAAGGAGGCCAGGGCUCUGAAGAGGGCUGAAAAAGCAAAUCGACCCCAGAAGCCGGUUCUCGUGAGUUGUUUUGCGAUCAAAUCAUCACGGUCAUUUUAUUGAUUCCCUUCGUGAUAUGAUAGUUUUUUGGGCAAGUUAAGGCCUAAAGCAUGCUGAUUCAACGUUCGAUCUGGUUCCGUUAAUUAUGUUAGCGCUGGUCUGUGUAGUGGAUCUUGUACUCGCGCCGAUAUUUUAAUUGUUUCGCGAAUCGCAAUCGGUUCCUGCGCCAGCAUUUCUGUACAUAUUAUGGAAGGCUGACCGCAGAAACUGUUGUCCUUUGUUUAUGGCAAAGAGCUUAAAUUUUCGAUUUUUUCUAGGAGCCUCGAUUGCCGGCCACCAUAAUCCCGCCCACACCUGUUGCCGACCGAGGAAAGUUUUCCGAUUCUGAUGCCCUCCUUACCGAAAUUAGACGCCGCCUUGGUAAGUAAUCUUGCUGCCAGUACUCGCAUUCUCAUCAGCUCUCAAAAGAGCUGAUUUUCCCUGCUUCAAACUUCAUGGCAUUGCAAAUCAGUACGGACAACAUCUAGUUAUCGUUGACUGGGCCCUCGGCAAACGUAGCCUAGACCCAAUGACAUAGUCAUCCUGUAGAGAAAACCUGUACUCUGACCACCACCACCACCACCACCACCACCACCACCACCACCACCACCACCACCACCACCAUCGUCAUCGAGUCGAAACGUGCUCCAGCGUCAUUUCCACCCAGUUAUCCCAUUAAGGCACGUCAGCUUCUUAGACUUUAGGAGGAAUCCAUGGAGUGUGUUUUCAAAUUCAUCAUCCCCCUAAGUUUCAACCCUCGGGCCAACUCUCCUCUUUCAAAUCUUUUAUUGGCUCCGGAGACCAUUUGGCGGACUCUAGUGGGUUAACUGACUAAUGCUUACAACUUAAAAACAUACGAAGCGUCACUCUUGAUCAGCGACCAACUUCUUUCGACAGAGAAGGGUUACACAUAAACCACCCCUCUGAAUAGUCUCACGUCAGCGGUUCACAACCCCUACUGCAUCUUUUUGUAGAAUGCCAAAUUGUCCUCGGCGUUUUCUGCUGCCCUCAAAUAAAACCUUCAAGACUGCUUGCACCUCUCACCCCCUCCUAUUCAAGCAUUUUUAUAUCGACUCCGUGCCUAAAGUGGGCUUCACACAUCUCCAAAUGGAUCCCGCCCAGUUGCAUCAAGGCGCAUUCCAAAGAACCGGCAGAUGCAUAUAGUCCUCUUCUUCCGAGUGUGACACGCAAAGCUAUCAGCUGUCGUAACCGGCAAAAUUCCCCACUGCUCCAUGGGCAUGAAUUUGUUUAUAGGGGAGCAUAUUUGUGCCACACCUGCAUCUUAUUAUUUCCGCACCCAUCUGGAUUACCUGAUAGUUCGACCGUCGCAGACGACGACUAUGUCUACCGUGUAUACCACGGAAUGGGCGCAGAAUAGUGGCUUGCGCAUGAGUCAAUGAUGGUGGGACGGGCCUGCGCAGCAUCCACUGCACCAACUUUCCUCACCAACCUGAUCCGAUGACAAGACAAUGUCAAGAUGGCCGGAUGUGGACUGAGGUGCAGUAGCUGGCAAAGCUGAAUAGUCCGUUUGUCCGUGCCGCACACAGUCUGGUCCCCACAGACGGGGGUGACCCCGACCCUGUGAACCAGCUGGUGAUGGCGUUCGGCGCAAUGGCUGACGCGGCGUUAAGGCAGUGGUUGUAGACUCCCACGGAUCCUGAACUACAUGGUUAGCGCGCACUGUGAGCCACUUGACUCCCAUUUUGAUACAGCUCACCUACAAAGUUGUUUGGGGCUAGCGUAUACGAAAAAAUACUCAGAGGGACAUUAAAGAGCAUGGAGGUCUGUGAUGACCAUGUCUACUGGGACGCGGACCUUGCGCAACUCAGCCUGCCAAUUCAGCUUUGUGGACAUAUACGCGGUCGUAUAAUUGCACAACUCCGGACCCUUGCAGUCAGAGUGCCCUUGGGCCGCACAAAUGCCUACCCUACGAUGCACAUUCCCUUGCCCACGUAAUUUUUUCCUUACUCGCCAACCGGCCGUGGUGAGAAACGUUUUGUCAGGAAACAGGCAGGAUGGGAAUUUGUCGGUUGGCCUCCUAAUUUACACACUAGAGCUGCCGUCUUUGUCCAGACCAGCCUCUGCGUAAGCCUUUCAUCAAAAGACAAGAAUACAACCUGUCCAUCUAUAACUGGAAGAUUAAACGAAGUUAAUAAGCUUUUCGCAUCUAGCUCACUCAAAGUGUUUUCUGAAGUACAUACUUGGUGACUGAGAGAUGCCUCCAAAGCCUUGUCACCUCCAAACCUUUCUUUGAGGUCUGCCGAAAAUAAACAAGACCUUCCACGACUCUUACCAUUUUUAGAAACUAGCACUAACUGGUAAGAACACGUCUGUUGUGCACGAGUUAUGGCUGAAAGGCUCGUAAUCCCUUCUGUUCUGGUUUCCUUGUUUGAUAUUGGAGAUCAAAGGUUGGACUACUCUCAGUUGCCAAUUCCGCCUUGUCUUUUCAGUCGAAAAAAAUGCCCAGACCCUUCGCAUUUCCCCAGUACCGAAGAACUGUCCUCCCAGCGUUCUCCUCGAUUUUUGCCCUUCUGCGCUCACCGUCCGAAUGCCGGCGAAAAGUAGCUGCAGGUGAGUUCCAGAGGCCACAAAUUUCCACGAGGGCUUAUUUCUGAGAGAGCGACGUACAACUGAAUGUAGAUGUAAAGGCACAGCAACGUCUUGCGGCAAUGCCCCGCGCGGCAUUUGCCUGCUCGCAUCCGGAAAUGGCCUUCUAUCUCCUAACUUGAACGGACGUUUUGCUGCGUUUUCUUGCCUGAGCUGGGUUAUUCGUCUCUUAAUAAUGAGCGACACACGAGGUAAGUAAUCAGCAACACAUUGGCUAACACACAAGCUGGCCGGCACCUCUUAUUUCGAGAUUUUCAACACGAAUGGUCACUCUGGACUACUUGUUACUCAUUUACUUGCCUUACCUUCAGGACGGCUGCUUUGUGUAUGUGUAUUCUUGUUUUAAUUUUCCCAUCCUAGAAGGAAUCAGCCUAAUAAAUGUCCUUAGGAAGGGGGCGGCCGAAAAAUACUAUCAGCAGUGACUCCCAGCUAGUGAGCUCUUGGGUUUGUCCGGCUGAAGGUCACUAUUUUACAUCCUACACUUAACUCUAUUGAGGAAGUGGCUUAUUCGGCCGUUCCUAAGGAGAAUUUUACACAAGCUUGAAUCCCUCUGACAUUGAUGCUUUGCAAACUCAAAUUUCACAGGUACGCGUUCCUAGAGUUCCGCAGCAAGCUUGACGCGCAGAGAGCGUUGACAAAUUUGAACGGAAGGCAGCUUGAUGGCAAGUCGGUGAUACUAUCAGGUACCGCUGACGGAGCGACUCCUGCGGUCACCUCCGGAGGGAAACCCUGGCGCUCUGAAAAUGAACGCACGCUCGAGGACUUCGACCUAACGUGCAUUUACGUCAGCCGGCUACCACGCUCAGUUACGCGCACAGACCUGGCCCAGCUCUUCAGAACUGCCUCCGGCGUUAAGUUUCCUACGCUGGCUGAUGGAACUUGCAAGGGGUAAGCCAGCGUCUACGGCUGCCAUGAGCCCCAGUGGUAUAGUGCCCUAGCAUCCGGACCAGCAACAAGCUGCCCUAUUUCAGAUAUGAUAACAUGCCUUUGCUCUGCGGCCACACAGUCCUUUAUGACUUGCUGUACUCCUAAAUUUGCACAAGACGGUCUUUGACAAGCUGAACGACCUUUUCGAUCUACCCAGAUGGUUUCCUGCAUCCUCUUUUAGUUUCUGCUUCUUGACAUACCGCUCACAGGAGGACGCACUGCAGGCGUUCACCAAUUUGAACGAAACUCUUGUGAAGGGCGUCCCCAUCUGCGUGAACUUUCCCAUAAAGCGCCAGGUAUCUAUCUCUUGAAACUAUCUGCUCGUGUCCACCCACAAUUUUUUUGACGCUGUUUUGCCGUUUGGGCGUAAAAGGUGCGAGAAAAGUGGGAUGGGUUCUGCGAAAGCUCUCCUCGCUUUAAACAGGUUCACGCGCAAGUCGCCACUGCUUCCUCCGAAGCGGUGCUAGUUCUCGUCACUCGCGACGGACGAGCGUCUUGCUUGACUUGCGCUGUCUAUUUGUUCAAAUGUUCAUUUCUGAGAUCGAGAGGGCAAAAAUGUGUUAGGAAAGAACCACCUCACUCUGCUAAGGACUGUGUUUGUAACCCCAAAUUCAUGUCAGGGACGCCGUAUUCACAGUUGACUUUGCUCAGCUGGCCUGGCCUGAUUUACCGACCUGCGCAAGUAUAUGGGGACGGAAUAUUCGCAAAUACGGACGCCGAACACAGGCAUGAGUAUGCCAUUUGUCUGCCUUCCGCGCAUUAUGUCCAAAGACGAGAGAGCGGUGAUUGCUGGCCCUCACGGGCGGCUAUUCGGAAAGUCCGUCUGGUUCCGAGGUCCCCGCCAGUAUAAGUUCGGCGAACCCCAGUCAAACCUGAGCUGCUGGUCUCCCAAAUAUGAGCACUGUUGAACGAUUCCAUAAUCCAGACCCAUUUGCCCAUAAGAAGCCAAGUCCAAUACUGUGUAUCAUGAUGAGUUCGAGGGUGAACCCAAAGAGCCAGACGAAUAAAAUCCAUGGUCUGGAAGUAGUCUCUUAGUUAACAGUUGGUUUUGAGGUCUUCGCCUGCUGCAGCAAAACUUGCAUUGUUUUGAAAAGAGUCCAUUGGUUAGAAGAACAGGGGACAUGAGAUGCCAUUCCAGUGCGGCCAUUCGCAUUAUGGCGUACGACAGCGUUGGCUUCUACAGUGACCUCGGCGUGGCAAGUAUUGACGUAAGCUGACGCUGUGUGGUAUUAUCGUCAGUGAAGCCUGUGGCCCAUUUAAUAUCCUGCUAAGCUAUCAGUGUCGGACCAGAGUAGGCGAAAAGCAAAGUUCGACGGUCAGUGGCCACAUUUCAUGAUCCCAGCCAUCUCAAAACUCGCACUACCAAUUGGAAUCAAUAGACAGUCCUAACAUCCGAUGUAAAUGUUCUGAGCACUUCUUUAAUGGGCGUGCUGGACCAAAAGUAUGCUGCAUACCUUUGGACUUAAAAGAUGUUAUCUCCAUGCACUCUUCAAAAUGGAGUCCGCCAAAUGGUCUCAAUUUCAAAGGUCUUUUGCAUGAUCAUAAGCACUUUAGCUUAGAUUUCAAUGCAUCUUUCUCAUUUUGAAUCACGCUGUCAGCACGUUAUCAUGCAUGGCACCUUGAGACUCCCUGAGCUUUCGAGCACGCCAACCUAACAUAGUCACCAUCUUGCUGUAUUAGACUCUGGUGUGGACACAGUUUAACUCGAGUAAGUCGGAUGAAUGCACCCGCAUUCUCAGAAUGGAAUUAGGCAAUUGAAACCCGUUACAACUCAAUUGCCCCAAAAUGAGUAGUGAAGGUGUUUCGAGGCCUUUUAAAGUUUCAAAAACUCGGACAUGACUUGUUUGGAACACUAUUCAUUUUUAUUAAGGCCGAAAUUCGGCCACGUAUAUCAAACUGUGCGCGUUAGGUCGCGGAAAGUGACAUGUCCCACCAGUGAUGUGCAGCCCUUGUCCACGUUUGUUUCACGAUAACCAGUGUCUUCGGACGAUGCGGCUCAAGCACACUACCUCAUGAAAAGUCAUGAACACAUCAAGACGGGAAAACGUGGCUUUAAACAGUUUUGUCAUGCACGAGGAGACUUUAUCCCACAACACCCCCUUCAAGUUGCCGCCACUGGCUCGGUUUAAAAGGGUAAAACAUGCAGCAAGGGGAUUUGCGGACGCGUUCAAUUGUCCAGGCAGUUGACCGUGGGACAUAGUCGACACCGAGCGUCGAUGCACAAAGCGUCACUAAUGCAAUUUUUGGCUAGCUAAAAGGGAGACCCCGUCUCCCAAAAAUCAUUUUGGUUCGCACUGUAUGCUGACUGUGCCAACACUUUCCUGACAAAUGUUACAGCUCAAAGUUCAUGACAUGAAUCUACUUGCCGUAGUACAAAUCCCAGGCUAUAAUUGUUUACAGUCUCCUACUCUCACUACCUGCGCUGUUUUCUAAUCCAGAGCAAUGAAAAACUGCCAACCUCCAUAAAACGCCGAGCUUCAGAGUCAGAGGCCACUGAGGAGCAGGAUGAUGCACAGGAACGUCUCAACAGCUCAUUAUCUCGGGCUCCGAAACGGGCAAAAGUAGCGAUGUCUGCAAAACCAUCUGCACAAACGACCUCAUCGACGCCAAAGAUCACACACGCAAGUGCGGCCCCGCAGUCUGCUGAAUUCUCGAUCAAAAAACAAGGGCAGAUUCCAAAGAAGUUUGAGCCGAAACUUCAGAGCUAUCAGUUGGCGAGGAGAUCCGAUAAUAAAAAGAAACGAAAGCAGAAGAAAUAG